AUGAACCUCUUUAACUUCGGCGUGGCGUCGGCCGAGCUGCGAUUUUCGCUCGAGGGCGAAGGGCAACGCGCCAAAGUGCGCGUUCCUCGCCUCGAAGACGGCAAAAGUGGCGGCAAAUCCGUCGAGUUGCCGCUUUUCCGCGACGACGAAGACGUCCGUGGGGUGUUAACCGUGGCAGUGGAUGCCGGCAAAAGUCUGCAACACACCGGGUUGAAGUUGGAGCUGCUGGGGCUCAUUGAGAUCCCGGUGGAUCGCAGCGCCGGGGACGAGUUCACCUCCUCGGUUAGAGAAUUGCAAGCCAGCGGGGAGGCAAUUGAGGGAGAGGCAACUUUCCCCUUUGACUUUGCAAAAGUGGACAAACCCCAUGAAAGUUACUACGGCAAAAGUGUGAAACUGAGAUACGUGCUUCGAGCAACAUUGGCAAGGGGCAACUACGCCAGCAGCCUGGUACAAGAGCAAGAUCUUUGGGUGCAACGAGUGGCUCCCCCGCCUCCGGUGGAUCGGUCCAUCAAGAUGGAGGUGGGGAUUGAAGACUGUCUCCAUAUUGAGUUCGAGUAUGACAAGUCGAGGUAUCAUCUGAAGGACGUGGUCAUCGGCAAGAUCUUCUUCUUGCUGGUGCGGAUCAAGAUCAAGCACAUGGAGCUGGCGAUUCUGCGUCGGGAGAGCGUGGGCGCGGGCACUCAGCGACACAGUGAGAGCGAGACCGUGACCAAGUUCGAGAUUAUGGACGGCGCACCGAUCAAGGGGGAAAGCGUCCCCGUUCGGCUGUAUCUUUCCCCCUACGCUCUCACGCCGACGUACCGCAACGUGCAGAGUCGCUUCUCCGUCAAGUACUUCCUGAACCUCGUGCUGGUGGACGAAGAGGACCGACGCUACUUCAAGCAGCAGGAGAUCGCGCUCUGGCGCAAGAACAUUGGUUAA